CGUGUGCCUCGUGUGUGCCCUACUUGCAAGACUCCAAGUCUCAGGGUAGGGAGCAGCCGAGUCGGGAUCCCAGAGUACACGGCGUUGGAGAAGUGGACGCUGGACUGUGGAAGCCUGGAAGGUAAAGACCACCACCGCCUCCCCCCCGACGAGAGUAUAAAAUAAACCGCCUUCACAGUCUUUCGUUCGAAAACAUCUCGAUACCAGAAGCCACUACCUAUAUCUAUCGAAUCGGCAUCCGCCUUCGCGAUGGAGAACAACAACCAGAACCGUCUCUAUCUCAACUUCGGGAACAACGAUACCAAGUUCGUUGCCGACAGUCGCACCUAUCCCACCACCCCCUCUACCUUCCCAAACCCCGUCUUCCAAUCUCAUCCCCAGGGCGCUCAGCAGGCUCAUCUUCAGAAUGGCCAGCAGCAGCACCAGCAGUACGCUACAGGCUUUGCGCCCCAAGGCUACUUCAUGAACAACCCAUACCCUCCUACCUAUCCCAGCCAACCUCCCUCUGCCUACGCGCAAGCACCACAAACCCCCCAAGCUUCGUACCAGCAACGAGCUAACAAUGACCCUACUAAUGGGCUUGUUCAUCAAUUCUCUCACCAGAACCUCGGUGGUGCUCGUACUACACCUUAUGGCUCACGUCAACCAUCCCCUGCCUAUCAACGUCCUCGCACUGCUGGCGCACCUGGACAAGCUGGCUACGGAAGCUACCUAAAUGCACCUAUGCCUACUCAAGCUUCUCAUCAGCCUGAGUUUCAGUUGGCUCCAGAGCGAAACCCCGACAAGUACGGUCCUGUUGCUCAGAACAACCAGAAGAAGUGCGAGCGACUGGCUUCCGACUUCUUUAAGGACAGUGUCAAGCGCGCUCGAGAACGCAACCUCAGACAGAGCGAGAUGGAGCAACGAUUGGCGGACCCUAACCAGUCUCAGGCCAGACGCGAGCAGACCUGGUCCAACUCGGGGAAGCAGGAAGGUAAAUAUCUGCGAUUCUUGCGUACCAAGGACAAGCCAGAGAACUACAACACCUUGCAGAUCAUUGGUAAGGGCGCUUUUGGUGAGGUCAAGCUUGUUCAGAAGAAGAAUGAUGGCAAGGUUUACGCUAUGAAAUCCUUGAUCAAGAGCGAGAUGUUCAAGAAGGACCAGUUGGCUCAUGUUCGUGCUGAACGCGACAUCUUGGCUGAGUCAGACAGUCCCUGGGUCGUCAAGCUUUACACCACCUUCCAGGACAGAGACUUCUUGUACAUGUUGAUGGAGUUCUUGCCAGGAGGUGAUCUCAUGACCAUGCUCAUCAAGUAUGAGAUUUUUUCCGAGGACAUCACUCGUUUCUACAUUGCGGAGAUCGUCUUGGCUAUUGAAGCUGUCCACAAGUUGGGCUUCAUCCAUCGCGACAUCAAGCCUGACAACAUCUUGCUCGACCGCGGCGGCCAUGUCAAGUUGACUGAUUUCGGAUUGUCUACUGGUUUCCAUAAGCUCCAUGACAACUCAUAUUAUCAAAACCUUCUUCAAGGAAAAUCCAGCCGACCUCGUGAUCGCAACUCCGUCAAUCUCGAUCAGAUCAAUCUCACUGUUAGUAACCGUGCUGUAAUUAACGAUUGGCGCAAGUCUCGACGUGUUAUGGCAUACUCCACGGUUGGCACUCCAGACUACAUCGCACCAGAGAUCUUCAGCGGACAUGGUUACGGACAGGAUUGCGACUGGUGGAGUCUUGGUACGAUCAUGUUUGAGUGUCAGGUCGGCUGGCCUCCGUUCUGUGCUGAGGAUGCUCAUGACACAUACCGAAAGAUUGUCAACUGGCGCCAAACUCUGUACUUCCCAGAAGAUGUUCAAUUGGGUCCCGAAGCUGAGAAUUUGAUCCGAAGUCUUGUUUGCAACACCGAGAAUCGUCUUGGCCGUGGAGGUGCAGAUGAGAUUAAGAACCACAAAUUCUUCCGUGGAGUUGAGUUCGAUACUCUUCGCCGAAUCCGAGCCCCAUUCGAGCCCAAGCUCAGCUCUAACGUCGACACCACCUACUUUCCGACUGAUGAGAUUGAUCAGACCGAUAAUGCUACGCACCUCAAGGCUGCAGCUGCGGCCGCUGCGGCAAAUGGUCAGUCUCGUAAUGAUGAUGCACCCGAAAUGAGCUUGCCAUUCAUCGGCUACACCUUCAAGCGCUUUGAGAACAACUACUUCAGAUGAUUCUCUACGCCACCCAGCUCGGAUGC